AUGGCCCUCAGUAUCCGGCAGAAUAGGGUGCGAAGAAUCUCCGGAGACCCAGUCCAUGGGGUUGUGGUGCAAGGCCCUGUGGAUGGUCUGGCUACUGGCACCCCACUCUAUAGUGUGGCGGUGCAAGGCACUAUAGAUGGAAGGACUACUUGUAGACCAAGGGAUUGGAGGUUUGGUACCUGGAAUGUAGGCACGUUGACAGGAAAAAGUUUGGAAGUGGUGGAGGAGCUGCAGAGGAGAAUGGUUGACGUGGCUGCAUUACAGGAGAUCAGAUGGAAGGGUGAGAGUACAAAGUUUGUGGGGGCUAAAGGUGGAAGAUAUAAGUUGUGGUGGAAGGGGGAUGAUAGUACGGGAGGAGUUGGUGUGAUGGUAAGAGAAGAGUUGGUGGAGAAGGUGUUGGAAGUGAGGCGGAGAAGCAAUGGUGUAAUUGUGGUGGUGAUGGUGUUUGGAAAAGUAAUAGUGAGGGCGAUAUCAGGAUAUGCUCCGCAACAAAGUAGGAAGGAAGAGGAGAAGGAUAGGUUUUAUGAUGAUGUUUCUGACGAGAUUGGGCAAGCGGGGUUGGAUGAGUUUGUGGUGUUGUUGGGUGAUUUGAAUGGUCAUGUGGGGGCGGAUGCAGACGGAUAUGAAGGUGUACAUGGGGAAUGGGGAUAUGGUAUACGGAAUGAGGAAGGGCGUAGAGUGUUGGAGUUGGCGGAUGCACAUAGUAUGGUGGUGGGAAAUACCUGGUUUACAAGGGAACCAGCGCGAUUGAUUACAUAUAGGUCAGGGGAGCAUAGGUCGAUGAUAGACUAUAUAUUGGUAAGGGCCAAACAUAGGAAGUAUGUGAAGAAUGUGAAGGCGAUACCUGGUAUGCUGCAGCAUAGUAUGGUUGUGAUGGAUGUGACAUCAAAAGAAAUGGGAAGGAGGAAAAAGGAUAAAAGCAAUGUGGCAGAAGGAAAGGCUGAUGAUUCGUUGAUACGACAAGAAGAUGUGGAAGACGAGAUGAACGAGACGAACCUUGAAGAACAUCCAGAUGUGAUGGAGCAGCAUGAAGAGAUGCAGAAACACGGAGGACAACCUGCAUAG